AUGGAGCGCACAAUUGGAAAUUUAGGACAAGAGAUACGACAGCCGUCCAACCCGUACAUGAACCUUUCCGAACGCGCCGUCCGUCGCGCACAGCUCAAUGCCGUCAGAGCUCUCAUGCCUGGCCUGGCAUCGCACAACCAGAGGCGUGCACCACGAAACGCUCACGACGCUGGCAGCGGCUACAGCUUGCGAAGCGCGCGUGACGAGACGCCGGUGGACGUGCCGCAGGUUCAGGCUCGCGCGCUUCAGGACUUCCUUGUCGAGUCCGGAUUGCCGCCGUCGAGCCGUACCUCCCAGCGCGGUACUCUACGUGUCAUGCGGUGGGCACGGCUUGCUCUGCCGAAUGGACAGAUCGCCCGGUCAGAGUGGAAGGAAAGCGGUCGGAUGCACGGUCGUGGAAUGCGCAUUGCCCGGAAUGUCAAAGUG